AUGGACCAGGUCCCAGGCACUCAGCAGGGUGGCCUCCCCCCAUUAGCCUUGUACCCGGAAUCAAGCGUCAAAGCCAGCCUGCCGCCCGCUGAGUGGGAUGCGUGUCUUGACUCAUGGCUGCUCAGUCUGGAAUUUCGUCUCCGACUACCAGACAAAGACUUCUCCAAAAUCGGUUUCGGAGAGGAUGCCAGCGGCGUGGCCUUUCUCGCGUCAUUCUUCAGGUCAGCUACUCGGGCAAUGGACACGAUACAGCCCCCGAGCCUCCAGAGGGAAAGACUGUUGCUGAAACGCGCGUAUUUGCUCUGGAGAAGGCUCCUGCUGGUCACGGGUACGCCUUUCGACUACGACAAGGUGAAACUCGUGGAGCUGCUAUGUCAGGCGAGCAUGCUCUACGCAACCGUGUCAGACUGGAAGGUAACGUUGAAGAUGCUGUGGAAGAGGAAUCAAGCUCAGAUGACAAACGCGGUCGAGGGCUGGAAGAAGACUGUCUCGGCGGAUCUUUCGGCGCAACCCAACUCGGGAUUGCUCGUGGGGAGAUUGCGUGAAAUGAAUGCGUUUGUCAAGGUCUCAGCGGACGCAGGCCUCAUUCUUAUGACGGGUUCAGAUUACCUCGAGACGCUGAUGGAGGCCUACGGUCGAUUGCAGACUCUACCUGAUGCAGGCUUGCCCCAAAGAAUACUGACCGAGCACAUCUUCUACUGUCUGCGCAGCCUGAUGUCCGAUGGUUCUGCCCAUGGACCACUGCUGCUGGACCACCUUUAUUUCAUGAAAUCCGAGACGGACCGACUCACAAAGUCAAAAGUCAAUGGGCCGACUUUGUCCUCGAGCCUGGUUUGCAGUACAUCUUUCUUGAGGCAUCUUGCAUCAGACCCUUCUGUGGCUGGCAGUAAGCGAGGCCAGGGUUUGUUGGAGUCACUCAAUAUCUAUCGACAAAAUACCAGGCACUUACACCCCCCGGUUGGGCCCAGAAGGCGCAAAGUGGCAAAAGGUAAAGGCAAGGCCGAUGCGAACGAAGAGAUGCACAUUCACAAGGCCUCGCAAAUAUCACAAGUCCAUGAUCUCUUUCCAGACCUUUCAAAUCACUAUAUUCUCAAACUUCUCGACCACUUCCAUGAUGACACCGAGGCUGUGGUGGCGGCGCUAUUGGAGCCAGAUUCUCUUCCAGUUGGACUCCGUGAUCGGGAUACCUUCGAAGGGCCUGACCUUGACAUUGCUGGACCAGCGCACGAUCUUACACCACAUUCCACACCGCCGCAACUUCCAGAGAGGAGGAACAUAUUUGCUGGAGACGAUCUAGACAAGCUUCAGAUAUCUACAAGUCGGCUACACAGAGGGCAGAAAGAUGUCAAAAUUGACCAUGCUGAAACAGAACAUGAGCAUGCACAACGAAAAGCAGCAAUUCUGUCAGCAUUGGCAGCCUUUGACUCGGACGAUGAUGAGCGCGACGACACAUACGAUAUCGCCGAUGUGGGCGGAACAGUGGAUUCCACUCUGGACACUGACACCCGGCCGCAACCAGACAGAGGACAAGAGCGAAAUCCCCACGAAGAGAAGUUGUUCCGAGCGUGGAAAGGCAACCAGGAGCUAUUUUCAUGUGACAGCAACACCCGUAUAUCCAAGACACGACAAGAUCUCAAACGCGAGACAAACAUGAGUGAUGAACAGCUGGAAGGAUGGGCUAUUAUGCUGAAGAGGGACCCCAAACUGCAAGAUCGCCUAGAAAAGAAAUACUCGGGUACACCAGGUUUCAGGGGAAAUCAAGUUGCACUUGCUCCAACGCGAUGGCAGGGCGACAAUACUCCUGAGGGCAGUGAGGGAGAGGCGGAGAGCGGAGGUCGACGAAUUCAGGCGCAACCUAGGGGAAACCGCUCCUGGGGACGUGGUCGUGGUGGCAAUGGAGGUGCUGCAGGUCCCAGCGGUGAUGCAGCGACUCAGGCUGCCAGGAAGCGAAAGGAACAAGGUAGAGGCAGAGGCGGAGCGAGCCACAACAGACGCGAAGGGAGAGCGCGGAAGAUGGGCAGAGGUAUGGGAGGAGGUGUGGUAUAG